AUAAAACUUUUAUAGAUUGAAAAUAACAUGAAAUGUAAUUAUCUUAGCAAUUAUAAUUUGUUUAUUUUAACCAGCUAAUAAAUCAUUCAUUUUAACUGCAAUUUGAGUUGAAAUUGGCAAUGCGCUGUUGUUAUUUCAACUUUAAUAGUGUUGUUUUAAUCAGGGGCUGAUGUUAUCAAUGAUUGUUGAAUUAUUAUUGUGUUAAUAUCUAUUUUUAGCGCGAAAGAAGAAAACCACAAAAUCGAUACCAAUUUGUAAACUAACUCGUUUACUCGUUUGCUUAUCAGUGAUUAAAGCCUUAAUAAGUACGCCACUCGCAUAGUCAUUAGUCGGGAAAUCGCAAUUCUCUUCAUAGUCUUGUUGAGUAUAGACUUGUCAGUUGUCAGUGGUUUUAGUCAAUUAAUACAGUUACAACUUACAUUUUUGAUCACUGUUGUAACUUCUGUAUAGUGUUGUGAAGUGUUGUUAAAAUAAAAUGAAUACACUGGACGAAUCCGUUGAGUAUUUUCCAUCACCGAGUAAUGCUACUGAAGUUUUGCAUAUUAUGACUAAUCUACCAGAUUGUUCAAAUUCUAUUUUACAAGAUAUAUCAUAUCCUACAAGUCCAUUGAGUUCAAAUUUAGAAAAACAAUUAGAUAAAUCGCCUUAUUCCAACAACGCUAAAUAUGGGUCAUAUAAACCAAUGACAUGGACAAUUGAAACAAUGUUAAAUCUAUUGCACACAACAAAUGAUGGUAGGUACAUUCUUGCAGAUAGUGUGAAAAAUAGUGGAAAUUUAUCUGAUGAUUCAAAAAAUUUAUUGACACAACUCUUAAUUAACCAUCUUUUACAAGACCAGCACAAAGGAAAUGAUUUGUUCUUCAGAAAAAUUACAGAGCUGAUAGUGGAAGUUUCAAGAAAUCAUGUCUUCGCCACUGAACUAUAGGCAACAA